AUGCAGUUAGCAGCGCUGUUCGGUGCGCUGAGCGCUCUCUCGGCGGUCUCAGCGGGUGCUGAGAUCCGCGGCCUUGAUCCAGCUCUGGCUUCCAAGUACACCGGCGCCGAUGGCAAGUUUGCGUGUCUCGAUGGGUCUGGCGUGAUCCCUUUCUCGGCCGUUAACGACGACUACUGCGACUGCGCCGAUGGCUCGGACGAGCCGGGCACGAGUGCCUGCGAGGGCCGGCCGAAUGCGUGGUUCUACUGCAAGAACGAGGGACACAUUCCCGGCCGUAUCAGGUCGGGACGGGUGAACGAUGGUAUCUGUGACCCCGAGUGCUGUGAUGGCAGCGACGAGUGGGCGACUGGAGCGUGCCCGAACCGCUGCGCCGAGGUCUCAAAGGAGUACCGCGAGCGGACAGAGCGGGAGGCCAAGCUGCGCAAGACGGGCGGCAAGAUUCGCUCCACCUACGUCAACUUUGCAGGCAAGGAGCGGCAGCGCCUCGAGGACGAGCUGAAGAGCAAGCGCGCCGAGCUUACGGAGAAGGAGGCGGAGCUGUCCGCGGCCCAGGCGGCUCUCAAGCGCGCCGAGGACAUUAGCCGCGAUGACCUCGAGAAGAAGAAGGCGACGCCCCUGUUCCGAUCCCUUGAGCGACACCGCGAUGCCGUCACCAAGCUCAAGGAGGAGACCAAGUCGCUCCGCUCUGACCUCGAGAGCGUGCUUGCUAUCUUGGGCGAGCUGUCCAACAACUGGAACCCGAACGGACAGGAUAUGGCCGUCAAGGCUGCUGUUGUGGGAUACCGCGAGCUCACGGGCCAGAUCCCUGACUCUGCCUCCGAGUCGACGGAGGUGAAGCAGGAGGAGGGCGAGGAGCCCGUCGAGGGUGUCUUCAUCACGGAGACCGAGGAGGAUGACGAGACGCCCGAGGCCGAGCCGCUGCUGUACGCUCUGAAGAACCCCGACGGCGCGAUCAGCGAGUGGGAGCUGAACCACCUGCUGCGCGAGGACCUCGAGGGUCUGCUGCAGAAGGACACAACGGCGACCUCCUCAGACGACGACGACGAGGACAGCUUGCUGUACAAGCUCGAGGAGUACAUCCCCGACAGCCUGUUCGAGUACUACGACGCGAUCCGGGUCGGGCUCGUCGACUUCCUGACCUCGGCCGGCAUCCUGCGCAAGCGCGAGUACGAAGUGGCCGAGGACGGCGCGCACGUCGCGAAGGCGCGUGAGCGUUCGAACACGGCGCAGCGUGCCGUCACCGACUUGCAAUCCUCGAUCACCUCAACCGAGCAGACGCUCGACAAGCUGACGAACGGCGAGUACGGUCCCGACGGGGAGUGGAAGAAGCUGGACGGGACGUGCAUCUCGACCGUGGCGGGAGACUACACGUACGAGCUGUGCUUCUUUGGCCGCGCGACGCAGAAGAGCAACAAGGACUCCAGCUCCAACAGUCUCGGCAACUUUGAGGGCUGGGCCGAGGGCGCCGAGAAGGGCACGCUCGAGUAUUACUCCAAGCAGAGGUACCGCAAUGGCGCCAAGUGCUGGAACGGCCCGUUCCGUAGCGUCAACGUCGAACUCAGCUGUGGCAAGGAGAACGAAAUCCUCAGCGUCACGGAGCCCGAGAAGUGCGAGUACAAGUUCAAGGCGACGAGUCCGGCGCUCUGCUGGCCCGAAGGCGACAAGGUCCAGGCUCAGACCACCGAGGAGGUUCAGGUCAAGGACGAGCUGUAA